AACGCGCUUCCGCACCGCUCAGACCGUGACGUACCGUUGUCCUGUCAGGAGAGGAAAACCAAGGCAAGGCAAGCCAUACUACGCGUCGACUCCGUUCCCUGCCGUUCUGUGAGGCUAACUGGCUCGAAUAGCAUUCGACUUCGCUGUUUGAACUCUCUUCCGGUUCGGAUCUGGUGAGGCGUAAGGAAAAUCUAGGUUAUUAUCUACUUUUCACCAUGAAGGCACUUAUUCUUGUUGGAGGGUUUGGAACACGGUUGAGGCCACUGACACUCAGUGUUCCUAAGCCACUUGUUGAGUUUGGCAAUAAACCUAUGAUCUUGCACCAGAUAGAGGCUCUCAAGGCUGUUGGAGUAACUGAAGUGGUUUUGGCAAUUAACUACCAACCUGAGGUAAUGUUGAACUUCUUGAAAGAAUUUGAGGCAAAGCUUGGAAUCAAGAUCACCUGCUCACAAGAGACAGAGCCACUUGGAACUGCUGGACCUCUUGCAUUGGCAAGGGAUAAACUCAUUGAUGGCUCCGGUUAUCCUUUUUUUGUCCUCAACAGCGAUGUUAUCAGUGAGUAUCCAUUCAAAGAAAUGAUUGAAUUCCACCAGGGCCAUGGAGGGGAGGCUUCCAUAAUGGUGACAAAGGUGGAUGAGCCAUCAAAAUAUGGUGUGGUGGUUAUGGAAGACUCAACAGGGCAAGUUGAGAGGUUUGUGGAAAAACCAAAAUUGUUUGUUGGUAACAAAAUCAAUGCUGGAAUUUAUCUGUUGAAUCCAUCAGUACUUGAUCGCAUUGAACUGAGGCCCACCUCAAUUGAGAAAGAGGUCUUCCCAAAGAUUGCAGCAGAGAAAAAGCUCUUUGCUAUGGUCCUGCCAGGGUUUUGGAUGGACAUUGGACAGCCAAGGGAUUACAUUACCGGUUUGAGGCUUUAUCUAGAUUCCUUGAGAAAGAAAUCUUCAACUAAGUUAGCCACUGGUCCCCACAUUGUGGGUAAUGUUUUGAUCCAUGAGACUGCCAAAAUUGGAGAGGGAUGCUUGAUUGGACCUGAUGUUGCCAUUGGUCCGGGGUGUGUAGUUGAGUCUGGGGUUCGACUCUCUCGCUGCACGGUGAUGCGCGGCGUCCGUAUCAAGAAGCACGCGUGCAUAUCCAGCAGUAUCAUCGGAUGGCACUCCACUGUUGGACAAUGGGCUCGUGUAGAGAACAUGACUAUUCUUGGUGAAGAUGUCCAUGUAUGCGACGAGAUUUACAGCAACGGCGGUGUGGUUUUGCCUCACAAAGAGAUCAAGUCUAGCAUUUUGAAGCCAGAGAUAGUGAUGUGACGAUGGGUAUGUUCACGGGUAGAAUGUGUCCAGGAACUCUUAAGUUAUCGCGUCUAGUUCAAGAAAGUGAUUGUCUUUUUGCCUUCCAUUUUUUUUUUCCUCUAAGGUGCAAAAGCAGCAAAACCCGGUUUCUGUCGUGUUACAUGAGUCCAAUGGUUCAACUUUGAAGGGUCAGUUUCUGUUGUUCCCCCAUGUGUGAGGAGAGUAGCUGCAUUGAGUAAAUAGAAAUAAUUUUAGCAGCUUGUUUCUUACUCUCUCUGGGAGCCUGUAAUUUAUUUAUAAAGAAUUGUUAAAUGUAUAAUAUUAUAUUAUAUUUUUU